ACGCACCUCGACUAUUUCGUUUUUUUCCGCGACGACAGUCCGAGUUGUCGAACCUGCCGAGGCCGUGAAUUGACACCAAGCCGACAAAUCCCCCCGUCCUCUCGCUCGGCCCCGCCCCGUUGCGUCGCUUUUUGCUUCUUUUUCUCCCGGACCCGACGACACCCACGAAACCCUCGCCGAACGACCCUUAGCUUGACCCGGCCCUCGACGGCCUUAGACGUUGCCAACCAUGGGGAAAUUUGGAGAUUUCAGUAGCAUAUGUCGCAUGGCGCCUAUCCCUCUAUGUGCGUCAGUUGGCCCGAUAACAUCGAUUGCCAGCGGCGUCGGCAUUGAGCCGGACUGCUAUGCGCGCAACAUUGAGGUGGCCAACACCAUCAUCUUCCAGGGCGCGGCAAGCGUCAUGCAUAUUGUUGCUCUAGUCAUGACGGUGGUUAUGUUGUUGCAUGUGAGGGGGAAGUUCACUGCUGUUGGCCGCAAAGAAAUCACCACCUUCUUCUACCUUUACAUGAUCCUCACCUUCCUCUCCCUCUGUAUCGAUGCCGGCGUCAUCCCUCCGCAUUCGGGCUCUUACCCCUACUUCGUCGCCGUGCAAGCUGGUCUCGCCUCCGCCUUGGUCACCUGCCUAGUGAUCAACGGCUUCGUCGGCUUCCAGCUCUAUGAGGACGGCACUCCUCUCUCGUUGUGGAUGCUCCGCCUCUGCUCCUUCGUCGCUUUCGUCAUCUCCUUCCUCGUCGGUCUCGCCACGUUCAAAUCCUGGGCCGGCUUGGGUCCCACCAACACUGUCGGCAUAUUUGUCGUGCUCUACUUUCUCAACGCCCUCCAGCUCCUACUCUACGUAGUCAUGCAGAUUAUCCUCGUCACCCGCACCCUCCAGGACCGUUGGCCCUUGGGUGACAUCGCCUUCGGCCUCUUCUUCUUCAUUGCCGGCCAAGUCAUCCUCUACGCGUUCAGCUCGCCCAUCUGCGAGGGCAUCUCGCACUACCUGGACGGUCUCUUCUUCGCCACGACGUGCAACUUGCUGGCCGUGAUGAUGGUGUACAAGUACUGGGACUCGAUCACCAAGGAGGACUUGGAGUUUUCGGUGGGCACGAGGAUGAACAACUGGGAGGUCAAGGAGUUGCUGCCACAGGGUCCGGAGGAGGACAGGAGGGCGACGGUCUAUGCGGAUCCGAUUUACGAGGGCCAUUAUGCUUCUGGACCCGGAACGGGAAGUGGUGCGAGCGCCAGCGGUUAUGAGGGGGGACAUCACAGACGAGAGAGUCAUGGGUAUACACCUAGUCCCAACAGGCAGUCCUUGAGGUAUUAGAACGCCUGAGACUGCCUGGGACAUGUUGAGGAAAAAAAAAAAAAAAGUGUAGGGAAGGAGAUGGAUGUAUGGACAGAGGAAAGGGAUGGAUUGUGGAUGUGUUUUCAGACGGUUGAUGGAUACCAUGUGCUCACGGCACUCUUGUCAUGUUGCUUGCUUGUUUUGGUCGGGCGGGCGCAAAAAUGCAUAACGCAGCUAUCUUUUAUGAUUUUCGGUACGGGGUUUUCUGGUGGGAGAGCAGCAGCAAGCGAAGCAUCUCCAA